CCCAAAUACCUAUCGUGAAUAUGAACCUCCUGGAGCUCCCUCGUGAGAUUCGUGAUCACAUCUACAGCACUCUCCUGGCCCCUAAUGCCAACAGAUACACCGCCGACGAUGGAAGCACAGUAUACAAUUACUCGCACAAGAACCUCCUCAGCGUCAAUCGACAAGUCUAUCACGAAGCCCGCCGUAUCUUCCUCGAACUAAACACUUUCGUCAAGAUAACCACACCAUUCCCCGAGUCCAAACACCAAGUCGCCGAGGAUGGUGUUCCAAUCGUCGCAGCCGACUUGAGCGCAGCCAAGUUCACCCAGCAUAGGCUCUCGGUCCUGAUCGCUUUCCCGUUGACGGGCAUGCGUACAAGAGAAGACACGUUUGUUAUACACAUCGACGACUUGCACAAGUUCUGUGACUCGUGGUUUUAUUCGGCCGCAGACUACCCAGAGCUUAAUGAGAACUUGACGCUCAAACUCACAUUGCGGGAUCCGUUGUCUGCAACACCCCUAGACGACACACCGGCGGAGAAGAAUGUUCUCAAGUCACUGCAGGAAAGACUUCUAUACCCAUUCGGCAGAGUUAAGAACCUCAUGCGAGUGAAUGUUACUGGUAUUCCAGAACCACAAGAGUCAGUUGUUGCGGAGAUGAAGAGACUCAUGGCUAUACCACUGGGUUCACCAGUCCAACGCUUGAGAGACGCUACGGCUCAUAAGGAUGCUGGAAACACGGCUUUGAUGGCCAAUCAACCACUCGAGGCAUUGGAACAUUAUCGCAAAGCCUGGGAGUCACUCUUCAUCAUCGUUAAAGGCCGCACCCGCCGAGUCUAUGGAGAAAGAUACUUUGAACACGUACUCACGGAACCUCCAUUUGAGAAUCAACAUGGUAGCAUGGUUCGCACUGUUCUCCGCAUACGACUCGUCGCCAACACUUUACUUGCAUAUCUCAAACUCGAGGACUGGGAUACGGUUAUUCAUGUUGGCAUGAGAACGAUCAGUAUUAUGCGCCGAGGAGAGGAGAAUCUAGAACCUGAAGAGGAAGCUUUUGGCCAGCAAUGGCUGGCAGGGCCUGAGAUGGGCAAGAUUUACUAUCGUGUCGCGAUGGCGUAUAAAGAGUUGGACGAUAAAUAUGAGGCGAGAAGGCUGUUGAAGGUUGCAGUACUAUAUCUCCCGAGGGAUCCUAGGGUACAUGAGUUACAGAGGGAAUGCGCGUUGAGGAUUUUGUGAGGAAGAUGGAAGAGAGAUAAUUAUGUGGAUGCAACGAGGGGCUCUCGAAGGAGCGAGAAUACACAAGGAUGGUACAAUACGGAUACUGCUCGAGCGAUUUCAGAGGGAAAAUUGGCCGACAAUGUUAGUGUCAUACACGGAAAAUAGAGCAGUAUAGAUGACACAGCAAAGAAUAUCACUCCUAACAAGAUUGUCCGACA